UCUCAGUGACUACAAUACUGUGUGUUGUAGGAUUACAAAUUUACGAUAAUAAUGUUUUACAAUAUCGUAAUAACUUGUUCAAAUUGCGCGAUUUACGUCAUUCACACGACACUAAAUAUCGCUCAUUGCGUAAAAAACUCCAGUUGCCCGCGCUACCAAAUUCAUUUAGAAACUUCGUAGCAGUAUUUCUAAAAAAUAACCUCAAUUAUUCACCAUGGACUUCAUCGUUGGUGGUAUGGCCGGAGUGGGAGCGGGCUUCUUUAGCAACCCCUUCGAUGUGGUGAAGACCCGCAUGCAGUUGCAAGGAGAGCUCCGAGCACGAGGCCAGCACGCCGUACACUACAAGAACAUACCACACGCUAUGUACACGAUUGUGAAGCAUGACGGAGUUAUAGCGUUGCAAAAAGGACUUGUACCGGCUCUGUGGUUUCAAUUAGUUGUUAACGGUGUAAGAUUAGGCAUUUACCAGCACGCAGACAACUUUGGUUGGUUAAGAGAUGAAAAAGGAAAUACACUAUUUGUCAACAGUUUAUUCUUUGGAUCAGUAUCAGGAAUGUGUGGUGCAUUUUUCGGCAGUCCGCUGCAGUUGGUAAAGACUCAACUGAUGUCAUACUCUUCGGAGAAAAUUGCAGUUGGAACGCAACAUGCUCAUAGAGGAUUGACUUAUGCUAUGAUGAAGAUUUAUAGAAAAAAUGGCUUGGGAGGCUUAUGGAGAGGAGCCCAUGGGAUGAUGAUCAGAAAUUCCAUGGGAUCUGCAUCCCAAAUAGCAGCAUAUGCAAUUUGCAAAGAAUGGAUGGACGACAACAACUUGUUCCAGCAGUCGAAGUACCUCUCAGCUUUCGUCGCCAGCAAUAUCGGCGCCGUCGUCAAGACCAUCACCCUGACGCCUAUGGACGUCAUCAUGACGCGACUGUACAACCAAGCCGUGGACGCCGAAGGCCGAGGCCUGUUAUACUCCGGCAUAGUGGACUGCGCGCGCAAGAUCACCAAGACCGAAGGCCUACUCGCAUUCUACAAAGGCCUGGGCCCGUCGUACCUCAGGCAGGCUCCACACACAGUAUUGCUCCUGGUAUUUUGGGACAUGUUGAAAGAUGUCCAGAAGAAAUGGGAGUCGAAAGCGUAGGGAUUAACUAUGUGUUGGUAAAUGGUUAUGAUUGCAUAGUAAAAUUGUCAUUGAUAAUUGUAAGGAUUGAAAGUGCUUCCUAACCAGGUUCCUGGCCUAUUUAAGGUAAUAUUUUGUACUUUGUGAUACAAAAGAUCUAUAAUCUAAAACGAUGUUAGGUACGAUAUAACGAGGAAGCACCUUAACAAUUAAAGUUGGUAAAGAAGGAAAAUAAAGAAAGAGAAAGCUAUUUUUCCGUAUUUUACAAAUAGCUACAGCAUUACCACAUUUUAGACUUUAAAAAAACAAGGCUGCUCAACCUUUUUAAGAGUCGGGCCAAACGGUGGAUUCAGUCGUUAACGACGGGCCACUUACAUUUCCUAUUUCAAUUAGGUCCAGAACAGACGGUGAAACGCAACUGCAACGAAACUGCAACUGCUAGUUACUUUUGAGUUGCAUCUAAGUUUCUGCCAUAGCGUCCGUUGAGAGACCACACAUGACGCGACCAGUUUGAAACUUUCAGUUUCAUUCAUAAGAAUCAUCAGAAAGUUGCAGUUUCGUUGCAGUUGCGUUUCACCGUCUGUUCUGGGCCUUACUCUCAGGACAAAAAAAACUCAAUUAUCAUGAUUAAACCAUACUUGCGCGGGCAACUUAAAAUUCCGCGAUUCUGGGGUUGAGCAGCCUUGCUAUAAAACGACUUGAAACAUAGUGUCGAUUUAGAAGUCAUGGUGAAUGCACGAAUAAAGGUCGGGCGUUAUUAUUAAGUGGUGGGUAGAUUGGGUGAGAGAACAAAUCAGCUUUUUAGUACAAAAUAUACUUAAACCAAAACAAAUUAGUUUUUAGUUGUAAUUUAUUUAUUGUAAGUAUUACUUGACAUAAGGUUCUGGCUGAGCAACGAUAAAUUGCUUUUUUGCUAAAACUAAAGGCACUAUUUAAGAAUCCCACAGAUAGUUGUAAGUUUCAAUCUCAAUUUGAAUCUAACCACACAAACAAUUCCUAUUUCGUUUUACUAACCCAUGAGCAUGAGUAAUCCCUACGUUUAAUAUAAAAAAAAUAUCACAUGACUAGUAUACAUUGUAGGUUACGCAAAUAGUGAUGGGCUAAAAUGUACCUAUCAUUUCAUAUCACGUAAAAUAUUAACUAAAUUCAAAUCUUUUAAUGAAUGCACAUUUGCACAAUGUUAAAAAAUCCUGCCUAUCACUAUUAUACAGUAUUACGCGAAUCUGAUACCUUAUAAGCAUUUUUAACAAGUGUCGUAUUAUCAUAGUUUAUGUUUCAUUGUUAUCAUAUAAGAAUAUUAUGUUAUGAUGCCUAUAAAAUAUUGUCCUAUUAAUAGGUUUUUAUAGCCUGACCAGGAACAUAAAAACCCUGGCAUAGAGGCGCUUCAAUUGCAUUUGAUAGUGCAACACUGAGUACAGUCGUACAUGUGUUAAAUUAAUAGGCUAAAUUUAUGUAUCAGGAUUCAGGAUUACGGGCUAAUUUGAUAUUUUCAUAAAUGAACGAAAAAUGUUGUUAAAGGUAACCUGGUUUAAAUAAAUUAAAUGAAACCAUCAAUCGAGCUAGUAGGAUUUAUUUUAUUAUUCAUCAAUAAUCAAAUUCAGAACUUGAAUAUUCAACUGCAAUAUUAUGUCUGCUCAUGAACGCUUCAAACUCGGUACUUCUUUCCCAAUUCCAUAAAAUUCAAAACUUAGAAAGUGACAAAAAACUUUAAAAUAGGUAGUUGAAACAGACUACAGCAAAUUUUCAUAGUGGACUGUACUAUAUGAUAAACAUGUCAGUCAAUUUGACAACCUUUGUCGGAAACAUUAUUCAAUGAAAAUAUUGUCCGAACCCUUAGUAUUUCUCUUCGACAAAUACAUUAACACAUCGUGAACCACUUUUCUUUCACGACUAUAAAAAUAUUUUAGCAAUUUAAUUCACAAAAUCAAUUGCACACAUUUAAAAUAAAGUUUGUUUACACUUUGACAACAAUAGACUGACAUGCAAGGUGACAUGUCAAUGAAGUUUUCAGUUACUGUUGCCAUUAAAAGAAAUUAGUACCAUUAGUUUUCCGCAACAUGGCGAGGGUUUUUAUGUUCCUGGUCAGGCUAUAAUACGUUUACCUAAUAGCAUCAGAGCUGGUAUUAUUAUUUUCACAUUAUUUGACCAUUUUGAUUGUUGAUGUCGUGUAUUAUAGUAAAUGUAUUUAUUAAAUAAAGUUAAUAUUCCUUAGGUAUAUUAACUUUAUGGUUUAUUUACAUAUAUUAGCACAGAUAACUUAAUGUAUUAGUAAAACAAUGCAAUAUUAAGCUUUAUUAUUGAAAUAGUUAUAAUAAGAUGAUACAAACAGUUUUAAAUUGCACCUUGUUAUAUUUGUUUUAGGUAAGUAACAUUUUUUAUCGAGUGUAUUUUCUUUUUGUAAGCAAUAUAUUUUAUAUAACUUAUAUUGUAUAAGUUUUUUGUUUCUUGUGUAUUGUUAAUAAUUAUUUACAUGUUACUUAAUCAUUUUACUGUACCUAGUAGUAAAUAAUCAAAAACACAAUAUACGUUAUUUAAUUGAUGAUAUUACCAGUGACUUUUUGUUGGAUAUUUUGUCCGACACCAGUGAAACCAAAAGUUACAGUUUAUCUGACAGAUAAGUGAGAAAGAAUCUAUCAGGAACUUUAUCAGUGAGUGGUGGAAAAGGCCCAACAUUUUAAAAUUAAAUUAUUUAUUUACAUAAUUUAUUUAUUGAUUAUUGCCAAAUCU